AUGGCCCAGGGGUCUCGCUCCGGUGGCUUUCUGCCUCCGCUCGCCACCGUGCCGCCGUUUUGGUCACAACCAGAAGGCGCUGUGGAAGAGCAGUGGGAGAGAAGGCAGGCGGGCGCUCUCGGCGGGGACUUUCGUGGCUGGCCGCGGCUGCCGGUUGCCGGGAGCAUUCCCUGCCUGAACCCACGGCCCGGCGGAGCUCGGGGAGCGCAGCCGUGGUGGGCUGCGCCGGCGCCAGCAGACGCAGGAGAGCACCGCGAGGCGGGCGCUGCAGACUGGUGGCAGGAGCCGGCAGCCGGCCGCCCCAUUCCUCCCGCGCUGCAGCGUCUUCGGGCCGUGUUGCUGCGGCUGCAUCGUGAGCGGGAGCAGCUCCUUCAAGCCCGGGACUGCGCCUGCCACCUACAGACGGCCGUGCGCCUCCUGAGGAUCCUGAGUCCCAGCACGACGGCCCUUGGCCCCGGCCCCUUGCCUCAGCUGUGCCGCGACCUGCUGCUGCCUUCCCGUGGGGCUGUCCUGCGAAGCGGCCUACGGGAGACUCCGGAGCCGCUACUCCUGGCGCGUCCCGUUGGACUGGCCGCUCAGCGCCUGGAUGCUGCCAUCGAGAUGCAGCUUCGGGCUCUGGGUCGGGAGCCUGCCAGCCCGGGCUUGUCGUCCCAACUUGCUGACGUGCUCUUGGCACUUCCCGCCUACCACCAGCUGAUGGGAAAAGCCUUGAGCCAAAUUCCGGGGGCAGCGCGCCCUUUCCCACCCCUCCGUGUGCUCCACCUCCUGACGGGGGAGCGGGGUUGCCAGGUGGCUGGUCAGCUAGAUGAGGCGCUCAGGGGGUCGGGCUUGCGGGACCACCUCCGAAGUUGGUGCCAGGAGGAGCGGGAGCUGCUGCCCGGGCUGCUGGGGCUGCUGGGGGGUGUGAGUGAUUCAGCCAACAGUGGACUGGGGCUUGGAGGGGCUGGAGCCCUGUGGAGCCAGUACUGGACCCUGCUAUGGGCAGCUUGUGCUCAGAGUCUGGACCUAAGUCUAGGACCCUGGAGGGACCACAGGGCAGCCGCACAACAACUGAGUCAGGCACUGGGUCAGGCAUCCCUGCCUCAGGAGUGUGAGAAGGAGCUGGCUUCUUUGUGUCGCAACCUAUUUCAUCAGUCCCUUAUCUGGAAUUGGGACCAAGGCUUCUGCCAGGCCUUGGGAUCUGCUGGUGAAGAUCAGAGCAGCCGUCCCCCAUCCUCUCAUACCACUGAACUUUUGCAACAGCUUUUCCCUCCUCUCUUGGAUGCCCUUCAACAACCCAGGUCAGGGCUGCUCCUCUGUCAGCCUCCAGGUGAGACAAAGUACUGGGGAUGGAGGAACAGAACAGUUGAAGAUCCUGCACCCCUUGCUUUAGGGCUCUGUACCCUGCAGACCACCUUGCUCUGGUUUUUGGGUAGAACUCAGCAGCAUCUGGCAGCAUGGGCCCCAGAUUCUUUCCUGCUUCUGAUCCAGAAGGACUUACCUGUGAGUAGCUGGGGAGUGGGCAGGAGAGGAGCCUGGGCUGGGCUGAAAUCUCACUUCCCAUUUCUGCCAAAGCCUCUAUUGCUUGAGGCGGCAGCUCUGUCUAGACUGGCCUCAGAAGAAAGUUUGUCCCUGGAGGUGGAGCAGCAGCUGGGCCUGGAGAUCCAGAAGCUAACUGCACAGAUCCAGCUCCUGCCUGAAGAGUCACUAAGUCUCUUUUUUCAAGAAUGUCAUAAACAAGCCACACAGGGCUUCGAACUCUACAUGCCACGGGGCCGGUACUGGCGGCAUCGUCUCUCUCCUGAACUGCCCAGCAUUCCCAGUGAGUAUGCUGGGUUGGUGGUUCGCACUGUACUGGAGCCUGUGCUGCAAGGAUUGCAGGGAUUGCCGCCCCAAGCCCAGGCCCCUGCCCUUGGCCAAGCACUGACAGCCAUCCUGGGUGCCUGGCUUGACCACAUCCUCAGGCACGGGAUCCGGUUCAGCCUGCAGGGGGCGCUGCAGCUCAGACAAGACUUUGGAGUGGUCCGGGAGUUGCUGGAGGAGGAGCAGUGGGGCCUGUCGCCAGAACUUCGCCAGUCUCUGCUCACACUCAACAUCUUCCAGAGGCUGGAUGGGGCCCUGCUGUGUCUAUUCCAGCAGCCCCUGCCCAAGCCUGAAGUCCACAGGAGGCCUCCCUGUUGCUGUAUAUGCAAUGAGGUCCAGACCAUGGAAUUGCCCAGCAGCAGCCUCAACAGCUUGGAGAACUUGGAGCCCCCUCUUCGGCCUGGAGCACCCCCAGCCCAGACAGCUCAGCUGCUAAGCACACUAUGGGGAGGGGGACCUAGCCCAGAGGCUUACCUGGUGGGAAAUCAGCAGGCCUGGCUUGCCCUGAGGCAGCACCAGCGCCCCCGUUGGCACUUGCCUUUUCUUUCAUGCCUGGGGACCAGUCCCGAAUCCUAAGGAACCUGGGAUGCCGAGGCAAAAAUUCAGAGCUCCCCAUCUCUGGCUGGAAAAGCUCAGCCAUUUAGAAGUGCAUGUUAAAGAAGCCUACAUUGGGAGCCUGAAAGAAAGGAUACCUGAGAACCACAAGCUACAAAGAACCUGGACUUAGAAGCUAAGAAUCUAAGAUCACUCCAGUGCCUGGAGUCCAGAGUAAAGGGCCAAACCACCACAGCUUGGAACCUGGAGGUCAGCAUCCUUGGGAGGCUCAGGCCUAGUUCCCCAACAGUGAAGACAUCUCAGGGCUAGGCCCUAGAAGAAGGGCUAUGGAGUUGGGUCCCUGGGGAAAGGGAAAGAGAAAAAGUGAUAGAAAGCAGAAAGCCUAGAUGCCACUUCCUCUUAAGUCCCAGGAGCCAGGCUAAACACACAAUUCAUCAGGAACCACAGAGGUGGAAUAGGCAUUUCUACAUUUGGAUCAGUCCCAAGGGUUGUAUUACCCUAUACUCCCUGUCUUACUAUUCAAAAAAAAAAUUUUUUUUAAUGUUUAAUGUUAAAAUUUUUUUUAAUGAGAGCUACCUAUGAAAACAAGCAGGGGUGGGGCAGAAAGAGAGGGAGACACAGAAUCCGA